AUGCAACUACAUUCGUUUAAUCCAGUAACGCUGAAAUAUUAUUUUUUUAUUUUCCCUCUCCUCAGACAAAAAGCACUGGCAUCCACAGGUGGAAGAAGUGUUCAAGCAGCAUGCGACUGGCUGUUCUCCCAUGUGGGUGACCCAUUCCUUGAUGACCCCCUGCCUCGGGAGUACGUCCUUUACCUGCGCCCCACUGGGCCCUUGGCUCACAAGCUGUCUGAAUUCUGGCAACAGUCGAAACAGAUCUGUGGGAAGAACAAAGCUCAUAACAUUUUUCCACAUAUCACCCUUUGCCAGUUCUUUAUGUGUGAAGACAGCAAGGUCGAUGCUCUCACCGAAGCUCUGCAGGCCACUGUGAUGCGAUGGAAAUGCAAAUUCCCUGCCCCUCUGCCUUUGGAGCUCUACACAUCCUCAAACUUCAUUGGGCUUUUUGUCAAGGAAGAAAGUGCUGAGGUGCUCAAGAAAUUUGCUGCAGACUUUGCUGCAGAGGCUGCUUCUAAAGCAGAUGUUCACGUAGAGCCCCAUAAGAAGCAGCUCCAUGUGACACUAGCCUAUCACUUCCAAGCCAGCCACCUGCCCACGCUGGAGAAGUUAGCACAGAACAUCGAUGUCAAGCUAGGCUGUGACUGGGUUGCUGCAAUAUUCUCCCGAGAUAUACGCUUUGUUAAUCACGAGACUCUGCAAGUGAUCUAUCCUUACACCCCCCAGAACGAUGAUGAACUCGAGCUGGUCCCAGGGGAUUUUAUUUUCAUGUCCCCAGUGGAGCAAACCAGUACAAGUGAGGGCUGGAUUUAUGGCAUUUCCCUUGCAACUGGCUGUUCUGGGCUACUGCCUGAAAAUUACAUCACGAAGGCGGAUGAAUGUGGGACCUGGGUGUUUCAUGGGUCGUACUCAAUUCUGAAUACCACGCUGUCCCCAUCCCUUCAAGCCUUCACUGAUGGAGCCCUGGAAAGAAGACAGCAGGAAGACCAAGGACCUGGGGACGCAGGGCCACUCACGAUUAUCUGCCAGAACAUGCAGCCCCUGAGAAUAACCAGUCAACCAGGGCCUCAGAAACGCUGCCUUUUUGUCUGCAGACAUGGGGAGAGAAUGGAUGUUGUUUUUGGGAAGUACUGGUUGUCACAGUGCUUUGAUGCCAAAGGAAGGUAUGUGCGUAGUAACCUGAAUAUGCCUCACAGCUUACCUCAAAGAAGCGGUGGUUUCAGGGAUUAUGAAAAAGAUGCACCAAUCACUGUGCUUGGCUGUACUCAAGCAAGACUUGUUGGUGAAGCCUUGCUGGAAACUAACACCAUUGUAGACUACAUCUACAGCUCCCCAUCCCUACGGUGUGUACAGACAGCACACUAUAUCCUGAAAGGUAUGCAACAAGAGAACAACCUGAAAAUUCGAGUAGAGCCAGGCUUAUUCGAAUGGACCAAGUGGGUCUCUGGUAACACACUACCUGCCUGGAUAUCCCCUGUGGAUUUAGCUGCAGCUGCUCUAAGCGUUGAUACAACCUACAGACCUCAUAUUCCUGUCAGCAAGUUAGUGGUUUCAGAAUCUUAUGAUACGUACAUAAGUAGAAGCUACCAAGUAACAAAAGAAAUCAUCAGUGAAUGUAAAGGCAAAGGAAAUAACAUUCUGAUAGUGGCACAUGCAUCCUCUCUGGAGGCUUGUACCUGCCAGCUCCAAGGGCUCUCACCGCAGAACUCCAAGGACUUUGUACAGAUGGUCCGAAAGAUUCCAUACCUGGGGUUCUGUUCGUGUGAAGAACUGGGAGAUACAGGUGUUUGGCAGCUUACAGACCCCCCCAUCCUCCCUCUCACACAUGGACCAACUGGAGGCUUUAACUGGAGAGAGACCCUAUUACAAGAAUAGGCAAAGCCACAUGACCAAGCAAAACAAUGGCCUUUCUAAGCAUUGGAGAACGUCUCUUCUUUCUUGUGUUUAUUGACAGUGGAAAAACAGUCAUCGUGUGUUACGUGGCUCACACAAAAAGCUGUUCUAGCAUAUCUCUUACACAGUCAUAGUCAUGCAAACCUUCUCAUAUGCAACUAGGCAAAUAGAAGAGAGCCUGAUUUGGGGGAAGAAAUAUUAAAAUAUAGAUUCCAGCUCUUGCACUGCAAGGAAUCUCUGUUUAGUCAGUAGCUCGGAUAGAUUUUUCCACCAUGAACGGAGCUCUGAUAAUUCCAGUAGCUUUCACCGCCUUCUGCACCAUGUUAGUUCACUGUGUGAAAGUAGAGCGUUCAGGAUGUUUUUUCAUUGCUAUUUUUGCAAGGCAUUAACAGGCUUGUUCAGGACCACGUGUUGACACCUUCCUCACAAGCAACCCCCAAAUUCUCAGCACCUUUCAUAAAGUGUAUCAUCACCUGCUGGAAAAUGAGAGUUCAGCAUUCCCUCUCCAGGCAGCAUCAGAUCAUUCUUCUCUACUUCCCCUACCUACUCCUCCACUGUAUUAGGUGCCUGCGUAACUAUCCUGUUGAGCACACUGUUUGACGCUAAUCUGUGUCAGAGGAGAAUUCUCAGUUUCACAUCAGUUACAGAUGUAGUUUGCACAUCAAAAGAUAGCACUGUUGUGAACGAAGACCAGGAGCAGUUUCUUUUCAGCAGAGGUGAAACAGACCUUUUCCAACCAAACCCAAAGGGUUUAGAAAGGCUUUUCUUUACUCAGAUUACUGAAAUCCACCCCUGUGCAUAGACUAGCCUAAACUGUUUCUGUCAUUUAAAUCCCCUCAGAAGAGCUUCAAGAAGGGUUUUGCCUCUUGCAUUGAGAUUUCGCGCUGGUCAUUUACACAGUGGUGGCUUUCUGUCCCUUGUGAGCUUUUCUGUCAGCACUGGUAAGGUUCUGCAGUAAGCAGCUUUCACCAGGGGGUAAUGAUUAAGUCAAAAAGAUAUGCUGAAUUUCAGCCCUGGCUGAAUGUUUUGCUUCCUUCUCUUUAAUUCCUAAGUGCCAUCUGUCAUACAGACAAAGUAGAGCUGAAAAAAAACAGUACACUGUACUUCAGAAGCAACAUGCUUUGACCUAUUAAGAUGCUAUUUAUCCAGUGGGAGGAGGGUUAAGUUUGGGGGA